AUAUGCUUCCCUAUCCUGACUUAAGCUUUCCUGCUCCACCUACUGGGCUGCUCCUGAGUUAUGUAAUGUAAUACUCGCAUGCCUGGCUAUUAAGGUGUGCUGCACUGCUCUGGGCUCCAGCCAUCCGACACAACACCUGAAAACACCGGGCUACACAGAAACUCCUUCUUGCACUUUAUUUUCUUAUCUGAGUAGCACAUUUGCUAAGGCGUUUAUAUCUACUGGUCAGUUUUUAUUAUUGACCCAAAAGGAUUAUUUUAAUACAUGCUUCAUCACAUAGAUACAAGCGGAAUGGCAAAUCCCUGUAUACUUACAAAGCACAGGCUCCAAGGCUUUCAGACUUGGAGACUUUCAUACAUGCUGUGUUUUUCAGUCAGUUUGUUAUGACAUUUUUAUUUUUGUUAAUAUCUAUUUCAGUUUUACAGUCUUAGCACAGUGUCAGGGAUGAAUUAAAGAAAAACAAAAUAGGAAGCUCUAGCAAUGUUUUGGGAUCAGUAACCUCUUUCUUGAAAAGUUUCAACUCUGUGCCUGGUGAUUUUAUGAAGAAGACAAUGAAGAUUUUUGACCGUGUCAAGCAUAAGGAAAUUCCUAAGAGCAACUGGAAAUGGCAUAUUCAGGACCCAGCAAGCCAGCUGCUAACUUGGAACAAGCCUCCCAAAAGUGUCCUGGUGAUAAAGAAAGUCAGAGAUGCCAGUCUGCUGAAGCCUUUUAAAGAGCUUUGUGUGUUUCUUACAGAGGAGAAGAACAUGAUUGUUUAUGUGGAAAAAAAAGUCCUUGAAGAUCCUGCUAUUGCCAACGAUGAAAACUUUGGACCAGUUAAGAAGAAAUUUUGCACAUUUAGAGAAGAUUACGAUGACAUAUCCAAUCAAAUUGACUUCAUUAUUUGCCUUGGAGGGGAUGGGACUUUACUCUAUGCAUCAUCACUUUUUCAGGAUAGUGUUCCUCCGGUGAUGGCGUUUCAUUUGGGAUCACUGGGUUUCCUCACCCCCUUUAACUUUGAUAACUUCCAAACUCAAGUCACUCAGGUUAUAGAAGGUAAUGCCGCUCUUGUACUACGCAGCAGGUUAAAGGUGAAAGUGUCCAAAGAGCACAAAGAGAAGAAAACUGUACUACAGAAUGGAGUGGAGGAAAAUGGCCUCAUAGUCAAAUCUGAAAAGGAACCAAUAAAGCAAACAAAAUAUCAGGUCCUCAAUGAAGUUGUAGUAGACAGAGGUCCUUCUUCCUAUCUCUCCAAUGUAGAUGUCUUUCUAGAUGGGCACCUUAUAACGACAGUGCAAGGCGAUGGGGUCAUUGUAUCUACACCUACUGGCAGUACUGCAUAUGCAGCUGCAGCUGGAGCCUCCAUGAUUCACCCCAAUGUCCCAGCAAUUAUGAUCACGCCCAUCUGCCCACACUCCCUCUCCUUCCGACCAAUUGUGGUCCCUGCUGGAGUCGAGCUCAAGAUCAUGCUAUCCCCUGAUGCACGGAACACUGCUUGGGUAUCAUUUGAUGGGAGGAAAAGACAAGAAAUCAGCCAUGGAGACAGUAUUAGCAUCACUACCUCGUGUUACCCUGUCCCUUCCAUCUGUUUUCGGGACCCAGUGAACGACUGGUUUGACAGCUUGGCCGAGUGCUUACAUUGGAACGUGCGGAAGAAGCAAAACCAUUUCACUGAAGAGGAGGAGGAAGACGGGGACUUUUAAGGAUUUUCUUGUAUUGGAACAUGCAGUAUCUGCUCCCAGUUACAGCAACUGUUCCACUUACUGCGCUUCACUCACGGACAAUAGACCAAAACAGACUGAAGCCCUUAUGGGAAAUACCAGCUGCAAAGUACUGGUCUUACUUCUAACCAGCUUCCUUUAUUUCUCAAACUAGUGUUACCUUAAGAUUUUAAAAAAGAAAUUUAUAAUUAUUUCAUAUAAAAUUACAAUUUCAAAUAUUAACCGACCUGCCGCCAGCGGUGCUUACAUGAAAUUACACAGUUUUCCGCUGGUGGCAAAAGAGGGUUUUGUAGAGUUGUUUACAUUUUAUAAAUAUAUGUCCCAUGCCUGAAAAAUCUUAAAUGGAUUUUAUUUUCCCUUUCUCUAUGUCUUUUAUGAGGUGUGAAUAGGGUUAAAAUAUAUAUCACAUGGCAUCUGUCAUGUUUCUUCAUUUAUCAAUAUUCCAACCUGUGUUCUGACUGGGAGAGAAGGGUCUGUAGGUGCAUUUUCAUUCAGCCCUGACAGCAAGGGAUAGACAAAAUAUUGCUGCUUCCCAUAGUGAUGUGUCGGCACCUUUACAAGCUAUAUAAGCUUUAUAAGCUACUUUGGGUCUGGCACUUUCUUUGAAAAAAAUUGCCGAACAGAAAUAAUACUAAACAUUACUGCUCAAAGCAGAACAUCAGUUGUUUUUAUUAUUUUUUUUUUUAUAUCUCCCUCCCUGAUUUGGAUGGUUUUACCCCAGAAAUAUUGGGUAGCAACUCACAUUCACCAUGAGCAUUUCCCUGCUAAUUCACUCCUGGCUAGUGGGGUUGCAGUCAGUGGCUCACACACUUAUACAUUCCUGGGGAGUUGUGUAAACCAUUGCACGCUGUGUAAUGCUUCUGGACAAGUCCUUUGGCUACAGAUCUACAGAAUCUGCUCCCAUCUCUCUACAGUGUUACUUAUUUAGCAAGUCACUGCAAAGUGUAUGGCAUUAAUGCUGCUGGUCUGUUCUACACCAAUGGUCUCCGCCUGCCUUUCCUGCAGGAUAAGAACAUGGAAAUUCGCAGAAAAGUAUAAUUUUUUUUUUUUACCUGACCAAACGAGUGAUUGCUCUUUUGUGUAUACCAAAUGCAGCACUGGGGACAUCAUAUAAAGAUAUUGUCUCAUACCUUUUUGUCAAACUUGCCAUGCCCAGUCGUCUUUGUUACACUUAUUUAAUAACUCAGUGUAUUUAUAUUAUUCAUUAGUUAAAGACUUCCAAAUAGAAACUCCUUAGAAAAUGACUGUGCCUUAAAUUACAUUGAAUAUGUGUAAGUCUUUUAAACACAACUAAAACUUUAUCAUGAGUGUCCCAUACUGUAGCACGCACACUGCAUAUGGCCUACAGAUUUAGUCAUUCAUAGUCCUAAAAAUACUGUACCGUGGAAUUCUGCCUCAUUACUUCCUUGCUUCUGCCCCACCCACCAAGUCCUCUUUCUGCUACAUGUGAUGCAUUUUAUUCAUCUUAUCUUACACAUUUGCAUUAAUCAAAAUGAUCAUUUCAUGCCGCUUGCUGUACCCUGGGCACCUUCCCUGACCAGGUAUGGAAAUGCUGUGUGAGAGGAAUGAAGGUGGGUUCCAGAUCUGUAUGCAGGAGGUCUGGGGGAGUCAGCUUAGACUUCACAAUAUAGAGUUUCUGUUUGAAAUCCUGCUGGAUAUUUAAUGCUAUGUGGAUAGAAAGCUGUAAAGAUUUUGUUGCGAUUCACAUACUUUUUUUUUUAUCAACCAAGUGUCCAGUCUUUUAGUUGUAGGGAAAGCCUGGCCUUCUGAAUCUAAUAAAUCAGAAGCAUCUACCCAAAAUAUUCUACUAGUUACUGGUUCAGUUGCUACAAUUUUGUUAAAGGUUAUAUAGAUUUAGUUGUAUGGCAUGAACUGGAUUUGUAUAACAUAAAGAGAGACACGGCACAGAAUAUGACAUGGCUAUAAGCAGAGGCGCAUGUAAUGCAAUGGGAAUGGAGAGAAGACUUCCCGGCCUGAGAGGGUGUGACGACUGUGGGUGUCACAUUGAAGUGAUACUUGAGUGCUGUAGCUCCAACAAAGGGUGUCAUGGCACACACUGUUUCUACAUCAAUAAUGCAUAUAUUCUCGUUUUAUUUACUUACCAGCAGCAACUGGGUUACUGCUCAUAUUUGUACAGAAUUUCUUUUGUGCCCUGAUGCUUUAUGUUCUGCAGUCUGACCUCAUAGGUGGCUACUGUAAGCAUGAGGUGUCCAGGGCAAUUUGGCACCACAGAGGUGACUGCCGCUGUUAUAUUCACAGGGGGACACUUACUAUUGAACCUCACAGGAAUGUUCCAUCUGUUCUGUUUGCAGUUUAUGAAUUUUACAGAAAUAUGUGUCUCAUGGAAUGGUGCCUUUGCCUGUCCUGGUAUCAUUCUACCUGCUGACUGCCUACAAGCCACCGGGUAACAUCAGCAAAGCAUUGAUUGUUUACUGGAACUGUUAUUUUUCAGCACUUUAUCAGCAAUUGUAGCCAAAAUUGUUCAAAUUAAAAUGAGAGAUGAUCCACA